AUGGACCAGAAUAGUGUGGAACUGCAGGCAGAAAGAAUUCUUGAACUUCUCAAGGAAAAACAUGUGUCAACAAUUGUUCUUUCUGGGAAAUCAGGAAGUGGGAAAACAUGGAUGGCAAGAAAAGCUGGUCUGCUGGCAGUCAAAAAGAAAGUAGUUGACAUUACACUUUGGAUUUCUCUGAGUAUUAGGCAUGAUGAGACGUCUCUUUAUGAGCAUAUUGCUCAUCAGUUAUCUCUACUUUCCACUUCUGUGGAGCUGGAAAACUAUGAUAUCCAGGAGGUAGAGAAUAAUGUUGGUAAGGAGGAAACCUUGGAGAGCUUGAAAGAAAAGGUACGUGCAAGACUUUCAACUGAUAAUGUUCUUCAGGGGGUUCUUGUAAUUUUGGAUGAUGAAGGAAACAAAAUGAGGGAAGGGGAUGGAGGCUUAGAACAAGUCCUUCACUCUAUCCAGCAGAAUUCCCACAACCAUUCAACAACAGCUGCUGAUGGAGAUGGACAGCAAAAACUUAAGGUGCUGAUAACUUCUAGAAAUGAAGAUGGAAGGCACCAAACCCAGGGAGGUAAGGAAGUGGUUGAAAUGAUGCCUCUAACUCCAGAAAUGUCAAUUAUGUUGUUAAAGCAAGGAGCUGUGGCAAAAGUUUUUGAAAUUCCAGGUGUAGAAAGUGUAGUUGCAAAGUUCAUCAAUAGAAAAACAGAUCUUGCACCUGGUGAAGUAUCCUUGCUAGCAAAACUAUUAAGUUACCAUCAACAAGUUUCUGAACUGCAGGGUCAGGAACACACUUUGGAAGAAGCAUGGUAUGGUGAUAACUACAACUGCACCCAGCUGCUCUUAAGUGGAUAUGAAAAGGUGUCAGAUGGUGUUUUAGUUGACUUUUCUGGGCAGGGCAGCCAUUUUUUCCGUGAUAAUGGAUCUAUUCACUACAGUGAGUUGAUAUCAUACUGGAUACUGGAAGGAUAUCUUGGUCCUGUUAAUAGUCUUGAGGAGGCUUAUAAGGAGGGGCACCGCAUUUUGAUGCACCUCAUGGACUGUCAAAUGUUGAAAGAAGUGAAUGAUGAUUUCGUCCACAUGGUGAGAGUAACUGGAGAUGUUUCUUAUCGUCAUCGUCGUGGUUAUGGAGGAACAACUAAUCUGGGGUUGGCUAAUGUGCUUGUUAAAAGUAAUGAUUGGCAGGGUAUUGGAAAACUCACAAAGGUGGAUGGUAUGAUCAGAACACUUGGCAGUUAUAAAAGAGUGCAGCAAUCAUUAACACUUUUACUAGAUGGCAACUGUCUCAGCAGGGAAAACCCAAAUAAUCUCUUACUCAGCAAUCAGGAGCUGCAAAUUCUGGGUCUUUUCAGUCUCGAAAUUGUAUCCUUACCUCAUUCUUUCAACAACUUCAAAAAACUGAAUGUUCUUGUGCUCAGGGACUGUGAUUUCUUAGAAAAGAUCGAUGACAUUCGAGAACUAAUGACAUUAACUGUCCUUGAAGUAUCUAGUUCUGGCUUGGUGAAAAGUAUGCCAAAAAACUUUUUUCAGCACCUGAAGAAACUUCGUAGCCUCCACUUCUCCGACUUUCAGAUUGAAGUCAUGCCUGAUUCUUUUUAUCACCUUACAGAACUCAGCUGGCUCAUUCUGAAAAGGUUUUCUCAUUUAACAAAGUUGCAGAGCCUGAAAGAGUCUCAAAACCUUAUGGUUAUUGAUCUUUCUGGUGCUGCCUCCUUGCCAACUUUUCCAGAAAGAACGUGA